CCGCGGCGAGGGUGUCUAUGGAGAGGCGGCGGCCGCGGCUGCUGAGGCAGAGGCUGAGGCAGUGGCGAUGGCGCCCUUCCCCGAAGAAGUGGACGUCUUCACCGCCCCGCACUGGCGGAUGAAGCAGCUGGUGGGGCUCUACUGCGACAAGCUUUCUAAAACGAACUUUUCCAACAACAAUGAUUUCCGUGCUCUUCUGCAGUCUUUGUAUGCUACUUUUAAGGAGUUCAAAAUGCAUGAGCAGAUCGAAAAUGAAUACAUUAUCGGUUUGCUUCAACAACGCAGCCAGACCAUUUAUAAUGUACAUUCUGACAAUAAACUCUCUGAGAUGCUUAGCCUCUUUGAAAAGGGACUGAAGAAUGUUAAGAAUGAAUGUGAGCAGUUAAAUUAUGCAAAACAGCUGAAAGAGAGAUUGGAGGCUUUUACAAGAGAUUUUCUUCCUCACAUGAAAGAGGAGGAGGAGGUUUUUCAGCCAAUGUUAAUGGAAUAUUUUACCUAUGAAGAGCUUAAGGAUAUUAAGAAGAAAGUGAUUGCACAGCACUGUUCUCAGAAGGACACUGCGGAACUCCUUAGAGGUCUUAGCCUGUGGAAUCAAGCUGAGGAGCGACAGAAGUUUUUUAAAUAUUCUGUGGAUGAAAAGUCAGAUAAAGAAGCGGAAGUGUCAGAGCAAUCCACAGGUAUAACCCAUCUUCCUCCUGAGGUAAUGCUGUCAAUUUUCAGUUAUCUUAAUCCUCAAGAAUUAUGUCGAUGCAGUCAAGUAAGCACUAAAUGGUCUCAGCUCGCAAAAACUGGAUCGCUUUGGAAACAUCUUUACCCUGUUCAUUGGGCUAGAGGUGACUGGUAUAGUGGUCCAGCAGCUGAACUUGAUACCGAACCUGACGAGGAAUGGGUGAAAAACAGAAAAGAUGAAAGUCGUGCUUUUCAGGAGUGGGAUGAGGACGCUGAUGUAGAUGAGUCUGAGGAGUCUGCCGAAGAAUCGAUUGCUAUCAGCAUUGCACAAAUGGAAAAACGUUUACUUCACGGCUUAAUUCACGAUGUUCUACCAUAUGUUGGUACUUCAGUAAAAACUAUAGUAUUAGCAUACAGCUCUGCAGUUUCCAGCAAGAUGGUUAGGCAAAUUUUAGAACUUUGUCCUAACUUGGAGCAUCUGGAUCUUACCCAGACUGACAUUUCAGAUUCUGCAUUUGACAGUUGGUCUUGGCUUGGUUGCUGCCAAAGUCUUCGGCAUCUUGACCUGUCUGGAUGUGAAAAAAUCACAGAUGUGGCUCUAGAGAAGAUUUCUAGAGCCCUUGGAAUUCUGACAUCUCAUCAGAGUGGCCUUUUGAAAACUUCUACGAGCAAAAUUACUUCGACUCCAUGGAAGAAUAAAGACAUUACCAUGCAGUCCGCCAAGCAGUAUGCUUGUUUGCACGAUUUAACUAACAAAGGCAUCGGAGAAGACAUGGAUAACGAACACCCCUGGACUAAGCCUGUUUCUUCUGAAAAUUUCACUUCUCCGUAUGUUUGGAUGUUAGAUGCUGAAGAUUUGGCUGAUAUUGAAGAUGCUGUAGAAUGGAGACACAGAAAUGUUGAAAGUCUCUGUGUAAUGGAAACAGCAUCCAACUUUAGUUGUUCCUCCUCUGCCUGUUACAGUCACGAUAUUGUGGGACUAAGGACUAGUGUCUGUUGGCAGCAGCAUGGCGCUUCCCCGGCCUUUGCAUAUUGCGGUCAUUCGUUUUGUUGUACAGGGACAGCUCUGAGAACUAUGUCAGCGCUCCCAGAGUCUUCUGCAUCGUGUAAAAAAGCAUCAAGGACUAGACUGCUCAGAGGAAAAGACUUAAUUUACUCUGGGAGUGAAAAAUCUGACCAAGAGACUGGACGUGUACUUCUGUUUCUCAGUCUGUCCGGAUGUUAUCAGAUCACAGAUCAUGGUCUCAGGGUUUUGACCUCUGGGAGGAGGGCUGCCUUAUUUGGAGCACCUUAAUCUCUCUGGUUGUCUUACUGUAACUGGUGCAGGCUUGCAGGAUUUGGUCUCAGCAUGUCCUUCUCUAAACGAUGAAUACUUUACUUACUACUGUGACAACAUUAACGGUAAUGGCCUUUUAAUAAUGAGAUAAUUUUGAAGGAAUAGAUUUAAAAAAUUUUAGCAGUUCUGAUAAUUCUUAGGGUUUGUAUUUAAUUUUCUAGAGUUGUAAUUACCAAACUGUUUUACUUCCAGUGUAGUCCUUUACAUUUGAUAAAAUUAAAAAAAUCACGUUUUCAUUAAUUAGCUCCUAGAAAGGUAAGUUUUUCUUGCAGAUGGGUAGUUCAAAACAUCUGUCCAUGCCAGAUUUUUGGAAUAUGUAGCAGUUAAUACAUUCUUAAAUGGUAAGUUGUAGAAAUACUAAAAUUCUUAUAAAAUUUUGAGAAACCUUCUAGUGAUGUAGCACUACAUUAACAAUUUAGAUGUAUUGAUGUUCUAGAUACACUGUUUUCUUAGGGAUGAUCACUCAGUUUUCUUGUGGACACUUUAAAAAAUGCAGUUGGGAAAGGAGGACUUUGGUAAUGGGAACCUCUUUGGGAUCCUGGCUCUGGUUCCAAAUCAGUCUCAUGGAAGUUUGAGGUGGGGUUGCCAUGUGAUAUCGAAGAGGCUGAGUUGCAUUAGACAUGACUAAAAUUCCUAUAGUGUUAUGGAGAUUGAUUCCUGAACCUACUUUUGACAGUCAUUAGAUAAAUACCUAUUUUGAUUGUUUUGUUUUUUUCUUAAACCUUCCCUACCCUGUGAGCCUGUUGAGUAUGUUUUUUCAAGGUAUUCGAUGCCCUUUUGGGCUUUUGAUAGUCACUAGGAGAGACUGAAGUUUCUAGAAGCAUAUAAAAAGCUCCUCCUCAAUUAUUAGUAAGCAAAUCACCCCCUGUAUUUAGAACUGGAAAAAAUAUUGUAUAGUUCAGAUUCUGCUGUGCACCUUUUUACACCAUAAACUGUUCCUUGAAAGCCUGUGUCAUCUUAAGAUGACAGGAAUAUCAGCUGAGUUUCUCUCAGGGAGAACAAUUGACAGGAGCCAGGAAGACUGGAGGAAUGGUCUCUUUAAUGACAUACUUGUAUGCAGAGAAGUUAGCAAAUUGCUAUUUCUGGGAGAUUAGAUUUUCCUUAAAUACAUAUAAAGAGACAGGAGAUUGAAGCUCUUUUAUUUGUGGAAUCACAUUGGUCACGCAGGAGAUGACUUCCCUUGUUCUUGAAGUAGCAACACUAAAUAGGAGCAUUUCUUUGCCUUCAGUGUAUAAUCCAGGAAUGGUGAGAAUGAAUGUCAUUUUAGUUGCAGCCUCUAAGUGUACAACAAGUAAGUUUGAUUGCUUCCAUGAACAAUUUGCUGCUUUUGUAGAUGGCAGUGAAUUUGAGAUGGGAGUUUUUUUUUAAUGCACGGCUGUCAUUGUACGUGCAGUGUUGUGCUUCCCAAGGUUUAUAGGACAUAUUAUGAAAAGUAACCAGUAAGCAGUUAUUUUUAUAAGAAAACAUUCUCAUCUUUGUCUUGCACUUGAAUUGUCCACAGUUGAUUUUAGCAUAGGUUAUGUUUGUGGGAAUAAAUGUCACAAUUGAUUUUGCUAGAUUUCUUUUGGGGUAUAUAGAUGUUACAGGGUGGGGGAGAUUGGAUUUCAGUUCAUUUUUAUGAUCUGCCUGCUUGUUUUGCAUGUAAAAUUUUUUAAACUUCUUGAAAUAAUUUAGGUGAUGGGGUAAAGUUAAAUACUUAAAGUCUUUUGCAUUUUGUUAGGAUGUUAGAAUUAUUUCAUCUUAACUGGUUUUGAAUAUAUAAAUAUUAAAGUGUUCCAAAGGAGCUGCUACAUUCCUCUUGUUGAAUGUGAUUUUUUUUUUUUUGAUAAAUGAGUGGUAAUUUUCAAUAAGUGAAUUUUAAUGAAGAUAUCUGACUUUGAAAGAUUGAAAAGGAAACUGAUAGUGUUUGUAUAACCCAAUAUUAAGUCUCCCUUUACAGCUUCUUAAAACAUAAUUCGGGGGAAAUGGAGAAUCCUUUAAAAAUUUAUAGGAUGACUUAUCAUAUUAACUUGUGUUCCGGAGUUCUAGCCAGUUGCUCCUAAGUAAUCUUCUGAUAGAUUUUUUUCUUUAAAAGGACUUAUGGACAACCUAGAAAGUGUUAGAAUAAAGUUGCAUCGUAUCCAAUUUUGCAGGAUGACACCAUUGAUCCAGCCUCUUUUGCUACGACUCAAUUGUACAGUAAAUAUGUACUGACCACUUAUGGGGUCCCCUUUUUAAUUAUUAUUUUUAAUUUUUCAGAAAGUAGUUAAUAUGUUUUAUAUAUAGUCUUAGAUAAUAGGGGGCAUGUUUAGGUAACAGACUAAGUAUUUGAGUAACAUUUAAAAACGUAGUUGUCAAAAGAAAGCGUACAUAGUUAGCUACCAGCUCACUAACUAAAAGAAGUAAAUUCUGAUAAACGAUACUCAUUAACUAAAUAAUGAGUGAUAAGUAAGCAGAUGACCUAAGCACUGGCAGAGAUUUGGGAGAAGAUGUUAGUACCAGAUAUCCAAAUAAUACCUACUGCGAGCACACACUGUACUAAGCACUGAUUAAAAAAUGCCAUUUUUAAUCU